AAAAAAUUAAUAAUGGGAAAGAAGCGUCUUGAACAAAAUGGAGGUAAAACUUUGGAAACUAGUAUGGAAAUUGAUGAGAAAAGUGAUUAUAUUUUAAAGUCCUCGAAUGAGGAGCCUAAAACACAUUCAGAGGAUUGGCCUUUGCUUUUAAAGAAUUUCGAUAAAUUGAAUAUUCGAACGGCACAUUAUACUCCUCUAGUUGAGGGUUGUUCUCCACUUAAACGUGAUAUUCGAAAUUAUGUUUCUGCUGGUUAUUUUAAUUUGGAUAAACCUUGCAAUCCAUCAAGUCACGAAGUUGUUGCUUGGGUUAAACGAAUUCUUCGUGUUCAAAAGACUGGACAUAGUGGGACAUUAGAUCCAAAGGUUUCUGGAGUUCUUGUCGUCUGUAUUGAUCGCACAACUCGUUUAGCUAAAUCACAACAGAAUGCUGGAAAGGAAUAUGUUGCUAUCUUUAAAUUACAUAAUGCAGUUGAAUCUGAGAAACAAAUACGACAAGCUCUGGAUAAUUUGACUGGAGCUCUUUUUCAACGUCCACCUCUUAUUUCUGCAGUUAAACGUCAAUUACGUAUUCGAACAAUUUAUGAAUGCAAAUUAAUUGAAUAUAAUCCUUCACAACAAAUGGGUAUUUAUUGGAUGAGUUGUGAGGCUGGAACUUAUGUACGAACGCAUAUUGUUCAUUUGGGUCUUAUGCUUGGAGUUGGGGCACAAAUGCAAGAAUUAAGACGUGUUCGUUCUGGAGUAACAUCAGAAAACGAUCAUAUUAUAACACUUCAUGACAUUUUGGAUGCCCAAUAUAUGUAUGAUAACCAAAAAGAUGAAAAAUAUUUGAGAAGAAUUAUUCGUCCAUUAGAAGCACUUCUUGUUCAACAUAAAAGAAUUGUUGUUAAGGAUAGUUCGGUAAAUGCAAUCUGUUAUGGAGCUAAAAUUUUACUUCCGGGCGUUCUUCGCUUUGAAAAUGGGAUUGAAUUAAAUGAAGAAAUUGUUAUUGUUAGCACAAAAGGAGAGGCCGUUUGUAUAGCAAUUGCUUUGAUGACUACCUCAACAAUUUCGGUUACCGAUCACGGUGUUGUGGCAAAAAUUAAACGAGUUAUAAUGGAAAGAGACACAUACGCUCGUAAAUGGGGUCUAGGUCCAAUUGCUUCCAAAAAGAAAAUGGGUCUUGUUCAGAAAGCAACGGAAGGAGGAGGCGGUGAAUCUUCUUCAAUUGCAAAACCUACUCCACAAGCUGAAAUAAAGGAAGAAGUUCAGAGUCCAAAAAAGAAAAUUGUUGAAAUGGAAGUUGAUAAAAACGUUAAAAAAGAAGAAUUGGGGAAAAAGAGAAAAAUGGAAGAAUCCUCAACAUCGUCAGAAGAGGAGGAAGAUGAUGAAGAAGAAGAGGAUGAUGAUGAAGACGAUGAAGAAUCAUAA